UAUUUGCAGUUCUCGCUCCUAUGGCAACCCAAUAGAUCAGCAUCAUGAAUAUUCACAAUUCACCCAAACGCACCCUGACUAUGGAUCAGUGAUGUCAGCGCUCCCCGAACGCGCUACUGUAUUUUGCGUUAUUGCGUCGCGUUGUUUGAUGGCAGCCGCCGAGACGUCUGCGGGGACGAGCAUCCUCCGUCUCGCAUGACCUUUCCCUCGUCUCCGUAUCGCCGUCCGUGGGCACGUCGCUCACAUGUCACGCUAAGGUGACUUUCAAGCAGUUUUUUCCACUUUUUGCGCACGAUGUCGGAGCGGCACAAAGAUGUAGAUCGGGGACGCGGCAGCCGAGCGGACCGCCCAAGCUGCGCGUGAGGACAUAUGCAAACUGGCAGGUUGCACUCCUCCAUGCGUAAAAGGCUCUACAGUUUGCCACAGCACAUUGGACAGAAAGCAUCUAUAAUGGGCGAAGGAGAAGACGCAGACAAGGACACCCGGAGGAAGAGUAUUAGGAUGAAGCCGUUACCGUCACCGUCGUCGACCUCUGGGGGAAGCUGCAAAGGCAUCGGGGAAACCAAAAGUGGGGAGUCUGUGAUUAUGGAGACGGACAUAGGGAGACCGAUGAAGACCAGCUCAAAUGGAGAUUGCCGGAGGUUUCGAGGCAGCCUCUCGUCAAUCACAAGUCGACAUGUGCACGACUCCGACUCGGCUGAGGAGAGGCGCCUCAUCACCGAGGGGGAUGUCACGCCGAGCGAGGAGACCCCCCCCGGAGCCAACGGCGACGGGCCGCCGGAUCCAGGCGCGCAGGGGGCCAGCGGCGGCGGCGGCGGCGGCGGCGCCCAAAACGACCCCCCCGGUCCGCAGUCGGGCUUUAUAAAGUUGGACGGCAUCGAUCAGAUUCUACCGGACGACGAGCGAUUAUACCAGGCGGGUUUUAUACACAGACAGCUGGGCGCGAUGCUUCAACCGGGGGUCAACAAGUUCUCCCUGAGGAUGUUUGGAAGUGAGAAGGCGGUGGAACGGGAGCAGGAGCGGGUUAAAUCCGCCGGAUUCUGGAUUAUCCACCCCUACAGUGAUUUCAGGUUUUACUGGGACUUGACUAUGCUGCUGUUGAUGGUGGGCAACCUCAUCAUUAUACCUGUGGGCAUUACAUUCUUCAAGGACGAGCACACGCCCCCGUGGAUCGUGUUCAACGUGGUUUCCGACACCUUCUUCCUCAUGGACCUGGUCCUUAACUUUAGGACGGGUAUCGUCAAGGAAGACAACACGGAGAUCAUCCUGGAUCCACAACAGAUCAAGAUUAAGUACUUGCGGAGUUGGUUUGUGGUGGACUUCAUUUCCUCCAUCCCUGUGGACUACAUCUUUCUAAUUGUGGAGACUCGUAUUGACUCAGAUUUCUACAAGACAGCGCGCGCCUUGCGGAUUGUCCGCUUCACCAAGAUCCUCAGCCUGCUGCGACUCCUACGGCUCUCCAGACUCAUUCGCUACAUUCACCAAUGGGAGGAGAUCUUUCACAUGACCUACGACCUGGCCAGCGCCAUGGUGAGGAUAGUCAACCUGAUCGGCAUGAUGCUGCUGCUGUGCCACUGGGACGGCUGCCUGCAGUUUCUGGUGCCCAUGCUGCAGGAUUUCCCCGCCGACUGCUGGGUGUCCAAAAAUAAGAUGGUGAAUGACACAUGGGGACAGCAGUACUCCUACGCACUUUUCAAAGCUAUGAGCCACAUGCUGUGUAUUGGCUAUGGCAUGUACCCCCCAGUGGGGAUGACAGAUGUGUGGCUGACCAUCCUCAGCAUGAUCGUGGGCGCCACCUGCUACGCCAUGUUCGUGGGCCACGCCACCGCGCUGAUCCAGUCUCUGGACUCGUCGCGGCGACAGUACCAGGAGAAGUACAAACAGGUGGAGCAGUACAUGUCCUUCCACAAGCUGCCGGCGGACAUGCGACAGAGGAUCCAUGACUACUACGAGCACCGCUACCAGGGGAAGAUGUUCGACGAGGAGAGCAUCCUAGGGGAGCUGAACGAGCCGCUGCGAGAGGAAAUCAUCAACUUCAACUGUCGCAAGCUGGUGGCGUCCAUGCCUCUGUUCGCUAACGCCGACCCCAACUUCGUCACCUCCAUGCUCACCAAGCUAAGGUUCGAGGUGUUCCAGCCAGGGGAUUACAUCAUCAGGGAGGGUACGAUCGGCAAAAAGAUGUACUUCAUACAACACGGCGUAGUCAGCGUCCUGACCAAAGGCAAUAAGGAGACCAAGCUUUCAGAUGGCUCCUACUUUGGAGAGAUUUGUCUGCUAACACGGGGCAGAAGAACCGCCAGUGUCCGGGCGGACACGUACUGUCGUCUGUACUCGCUGUCUGUGGACAACUUCAAUGAAGUGCUGGAGGAGUAUCCCAUGAUGAGAAGAGCCUUUGAAACUGUUGCCCUGGACAGGCUGGAUCGUAUCGGCAAGAAAAACUCCAUUCUUCAGCACAAAGUGCAGCACGACCUCAGCUCUGGCGUACUCAACUACCAGGAGAACGAGAUCAUCCAGCAGAUCGUGCAGCAUGACAGGGACAUGGCCCACUGUGCCCACCUCAUGCAGAACGCCCCACCCCAGACGCCUCCCUCGCCAACGCCUGUCAUCUGGGCCCCCCUCAUCCAGGCCCCUCUCCAGGCAGCAGCCGCCACCACUUCAGUGGCCAUUGCCCUGACACACCAUCCCCACCUACCACCGACACUCUUCAGACCUCCAGUGUCUGUACUAGGGUCCCUAAAAGACCCUCCUAGCCGGCUUAAGAGGUUCCACACGUUUGUUCCUCCAUCUAACACACCUGGUUCUGCUGGGGACUCCCCCUCUAGUACACCCUCUAAACUGCGCACUGGCGUGGACAUGCCAUUAUUGGCCUCUUUUCGUGCCCAGCACAUGACGUCAGGUUCAGGGGCCACAGGCUGUAGCCAACAGGCCUCAGGUAGCAGAGGGCAGCAUGGACUUGGAGCGGCAUCAGGGUCCAGUAUAGGAGGAGUCUCCGCUUUCCCAUUUGGAUCAUAUUCAUCUUCUGGUUCAAGAUCAUCUAGUAUGGCCCAGCUACACCCACAACCACAGCAUCAGCAGAGCUUUCGCUCUAACACGCCACCUCUCUCCCAUCUUUUUCACCAAGGAUCUAUAGGUGGAAGCACUGGCUCGGGUAUAAGUGGAGGGGCAAGUGGAGCCUGUGGUGGUGCUACAGGUUGGUCCUCAGGUGGAGCAGUUGGAGGGUCUUUAGAAGGAGCCACUGGAGGUGACACUUCAUGGGCCGGAGAGGACUUUACAACUGGAACAUUGGAAAUGACUCCUGGGGUCCAAUUUGUAUCAGGGGGAGCUACUGGUGGAUCAGCAGGAGCAAUCUCAGGGGAAUUAGUGGGAGGAAUGUCUGAGGGAUUCAUGGGUGCUGUUUGUGGCAGAUUAGCUGGUGGGGCAUCAGGUGAAUCAGUCGGGGUGGCUACCUGUGGGUCAAUUGAAGAUACAGCCAGGAGAUCAGUGGGAGAGGUUAGCAGAGGGUCUACAGGUAGAUCUUCUGGGGCAUCAGUGAGCAGGGCUACUGGAGAAUCACUGGUGGUAGUGACCACAGGAGGAUCAUUAGGAAGGGCUUCUGGUGCAUCAAUAGUUUCUAGGGGAUUGACAGGGGGAGCCUCUGAGGGGUCAUUGGGAAGCGGAUCUGGGACACCACUUGUAGGGGUUUCUGGUGAUUCACUGGCAAGAAAUCCUGGAGGAUUGCUGGGAAGGGGUUCUAGUGGAUCAUCAACUAGCCAUAUAGGAGGGGCUUCAAGUGUCCCAGGAGGUGGGGUAAUUGGUGCACAUGCAGGUAGACCACCAGGGGGGACGGUAGGGAGCCAUCAAGGAGGAUCGACAGCUUGUCCUGUAGCAGGAGCUUCUGGUGGAAUUACAGCUGUGCUUAUUAGUUCCUCCCGUUGUCAGAGUCCCAUUUCUACUGGUUCAUCUAGCCCUCUAUCCGGUCAACUUCUUCAUAGCCAGCCACCUCCUAAGCCUCCUCAGGUGGCUCCUUUACAGCAGUUUGCCGGGGGAGGCAGGACUAGCAGUAACUUAAACCUUUUCCAUUCCCCUCCUCACGGCUCUCCAUCCUCUAAUAAAGGACAGCACAGUCAGCAGCCUGCUGAGGGAUCGCCAUCUUCCCUCAACCAUUUUAGCCUGGCAGGUCUCCAGUCUGGUUUUCUGCCUCAUCAAAUGUCUCUGGAGAGGUCUGCCCUGGCCUCCCUCACCCAGUACGGUUCAGCAAAUGCUUCUCCCUGCCUUACUCCAGUGGCACCCAGUCCUACUAUCCAAAGCCCAGUGACAAGCAGGACUUUUCACUACAGCGACCCGUCCAGUACCACAGGAUCCCACAGUUCCCUGCUCGCGCCACAGUCUUCGCUCCCUUCACAACUUCCCAGUCAACCACAUUCAACGGGGAGAGAUUCUCCGCUGAGUCGCUUUUCUGAAGACCUAAAGCUAUUAUCUGGCUCACACUCAUCUUUACCCCAGGAGGUGACUCAGGCCUUAGGUCACCAAGCUCCUCUCUCCUCUGUUGAAACUGGAUAUUACCCCUCACCCUUUUCCUCACCUACUCUUGUGCCCAAGCCCUGUAGUUCAGGGCCAGGGCAUAUGACUCCUCCAAGGCAGACAUCCCCAGGGCACCCCAAACAGACUCAUUCCCCUGGGACUUCUCCAGCCUUGUCUUCACGGAGGAGCUCUGCUGCCUACCCAUCAGAUCUAGAUUCUCAAACUGUCCGCUCUAAACUCCCGUCCAAUUUGUGAGGAUUGAUCACACCCUCCUGUGCUCCUCCAAACUGAAACGCAGACUAUCUUCAUCUGUUGCAAUUCUUUUUGUCUGUCUUGAGACUUCACAGUGUUCCACCUCUCAUUUUACCAAGAUCUUAAAUUUACUGUGAUAAAACAUAUUUUACUGGGUAACUCAGUGCUAUAGAAUAUAUUUAUUUUAUGCUUUGUUCUCUUUUUUGUGUAUAUAGAUAGAUAAAAAUAUAUAUAUACAUAUUUAAACAACAUGUUCAUCAAGGGACUAGGAGGGUGUGAAAACGGAACUCUGUUUAAAGGACAGUCAUUUUCUUCUUUUCAUGACUAUGCCAAAUUCAUCUGGUGACUUUGGAGAUGACAAUUCAGUGGACUAGACAAUUAUACUCUUUUCUGCAGGAACCUAUGCACUAAUACCUGCAUGUGUAAAGGCUUUUUUCUGUGUUAUUUACAUUUUUAGCUAAAGCAACAUGCUUCAAUACAGGCUGACCCUUGUAAAAUAUCAUUUGGGAUCACAUAUUGUUGAUCCUUAAAUGUAUCUAUUAGAUUGUACUUAUUUAUCCUCUGUAUACACUUUUCACUACCUUAUGAGAGACGGAGAAGAGAUUUUAGGAAACCAAAAAGACCUUUCCUUUGGGGGGAAUAAUUCACCUUCUCUUGUCCCAUCGAUCCUCAUUUUAUAUCACUUUCUCGUAAUAACACUGUUCUUGAAGCAGGGGAAGAGGGGUUAGGCGAGCUACCCUCCAUCUCAGUACUGAGACAUAACAGUAUGUGAGCGACUGGCUUUCUGCAGAGUCGUAAAUCAUGUCCUAACAAGCUCACUUUGUCUUCCAAGCUCAUGCCGAUAAUGUGUGUAGAAAGCAUGUGUUGUUUUUGUUCCUGACUGUGUACAACUGUUAAUGUGUGAGUGUUGGCGAGAACAAGCGUGUGAAUCGGUGGAGCAGUCAGAUGCGAGGCUGACUGAUCAAAAGGAAGUUUGCCUUUUUCAUACUAAAACUUGGACUUCCAUUAA